GGACUGUGAGGCCCAGAUUUCCUCAGUCAACCGAGGUGAAAGCUUCUGCUUCGAACAUCUCAAACAUUUCCAAGUGACGUGGAGCAGGCAGACCCAGAGGCCCCUCCACACUUCCUGUGUGGGGUUCACCUCCCCUGCCUUCUGCUCGUGCUUCUUCAGAAAUGAAGUAAUGAGCUGGCUGUGUCCGCCAUCUUAGUAGAGCGAGCCUUCUGAGGAGGAUGCGGUGGAACGCCUUCUGGAGAGUUCUGGGCCUCAGCCUCCUAGUAGUUGGCACUUGGCAAGACGAUACCGAGAACCCUGAUAAUGAGGCACAGAAACAUUAUUAUAAAGUCUCCAUCUCAGGAACCAGGAUAGAACUGACAUGCCCUCUAGAGAGUGAUUUCAUACAUUGGGAAAAAAAUGACAAAGUAUUGCCUGAAGAGAAUGAGAAAACUCUGGUGCUACAGGAUUUUUCGGAAGUUGGGGACAGUGGCUACUAUGCCUGCUACCUAGAGUCCUCAGAGAAGAACGCAUACCUCUACCUGAAAGCAAGAGUGUGUGAGAAUUGUGUGGAGGUGGACCUGACAGCAGUAGCCAUAAUCAUCAUCGUUGACAUCUGCAUCACUCUUGGCUUGCUGAUGGUCGUUUAUUACUGGAGCAAGAGUAGGAAGGCCAAGGCCAAACCUGUGAGCCGAGGAACCGGUGCUGGUGGCAGACCCAGAGGGCAAAACAAGGAGCGGCCACCACCUGUUCCCAACCCGGACUAUGAGCCCAUCCGCAAAGGUCAGCGGGACCUGUAUUCUGGCCUGAAUCAGAGAGCAGUCUGACAGAUAAGAGGGACACUGCCUUCCAUGGACCCAAAUCCAGCCCUCUGCGCACCCUGCUGUUCCUUGUUCUCUGGACAAACUGUGGACCCCACAGGAUUGUUCUUUAGCCACCUGGUGAACAUAUCUGGAACCUUGCCUCUGCUUCCUCUCCUGCUGCCUCUGCUAGUAUCCAGUAUUAGGACAUUGCUGCCUCGAUAUCCUCUGAAACAUGGAUGGUCAGAUCCUCAGCCAGCCAUCUUGUUAGGAUGCUUAAUCCAGCCACUCAUCCCUGCCAGCUCCUUCCUUCUGCACCGAUGUUAUCUUUGCCAUCACUUCCCUUCCUUUCCCUGCAUAUAAAUUGGCCCUCUUCCCCAACCCUCUCCUAUAGCUUUCUGUUUUUCCAACUAUGUGAUUUACACCCUUCUCUGGGGAUAGGCUCAGUGAUCAUUGGCAGAGGUCCUGGUCCAGCACCUGCCAUGAGCUCCUCUCCAGGUUCCAUCUUAAGUCCUUGGAUAGUCAUCUGCAUCUCCACAAACAUACCCGACUCCUCUCUGUAAUGGAAAAGCAAUAAAGUGUAUUGACUAGAAAAA